UCACAAAAUCACAGAAUCACUGAGGUUGGAAAAGAGCUCUGAGAUCAUCCAGUCCAACUGUCCACCUCCCACCAAUACUGCCCGCUGCCCACCUCCCUCAGUGCCACAUCCCCAGGGCUCUGGAACACCUCUAUGGACGAUGACCCCACCACCUCUCUGGGCAGCUGUGCCACUGCAUCACCAUUCUUUCACAUAAGUUUUUCCUAAUAUCCAUCCUAAAGGAGGGCUGUGUGCAUACAGCGUUCAGCCAGCCCACAGCCACGUACACACCCUCCAUGUUGCAGAGCCUUGCUAUUGCAUGUUUUCCUCUGCUUGCCAGCCAGCUCCCACACACAGCAGCUCUGCAGCUCCCUUGCUAAACCAGCUUUCUGUGGUUUUAUUCACGGGGAGCUCCAGCCUUGCAGAAGCGUCUCUCCUGAGUCUCAUUCCAUCACUGCACCACCUACACACAAUGAUCAGAAGAAUCUAAACUCUGCUCCACAACAUUGGGUGCCAGUUGCUCAUUUACUGCACUGUGCAACGCUCCUCUGGUUGACCCUGGGCUGAAGGAUGGAGCUAUUGCUUCUUCACUAUCCAUUUACUUUCCUGCUCAUUGCAGUUCUAAUCCUUUGCUGGAUGUAUCCUACAUUCAGAUACUUCUGCAUGAUAACCGUCUACCAGGUGUGGAUCUUCGCCAUCAGCUUUCUGGUUAUUAUCAUUGCUCUUCCUCGUGGCCGCAGAUGUGAAAAUAUGAAGAUUCUGCGCAUGGCGAUUCUUUCAGCCAAAUACGUCCUUGGUAUCAAGAUAGUGGUGAAGGGCAAGGAGAACCUCAGGACUAAGAAGCCUUGCAUACUUGUGUUGAAUCAUCAGAACUCCCUGGACAUAAUGGUGAUGAUGCAGAUAUUACCAGAUCGCUGUGUGCCCGUUGCAAAGAAGGAAGUACUAUACAUGGGCACUUUUGGCCUCGCGUGCUGGCUGUCAGGAAUCAUUUUCAUUGACCGUAAGAAGAAGGAAGAGUCCAUUGCUAUCUUGACAAAGGUGGCAGAUACCAUGUGCAGAGAUAACUUCCAUGUCUUGAUCUUCCCUGAAGGAACUCGCAAUCACAGUGGCUCCAUGCUGCCCUUCAAACGUGGGGCCUUCCAGCUGGCCGUGAGAGCCCAGAUCCCCAUUGUUCCUGUAGUGAUCUCUUCCUACAAUAGCUUCUACAGCCAGAAUGAGAAGAGAUUCACAUCAGGGACGAGCACCAUCCAGAUCUUACCAGCAGUGGAGACAGUUGGCCUGAGCCCAGAUGAUGUUCCCAAGCUCACCGAGCAGGUCCGUGACUCCAUGAUGAGUGCCUAUCAGAGGAUAUCAGGAAUGACGAAUGGGGGUUCCCAUGAGUGA